AUGGCCACUAGAUCCUCACCCCUUCUCCUCCUCCUCCUCUUCAUUUCCUCUGCCGCCGCCUUCGAUGUCAUGGAGAUCCUCCAACCCUACACCGAAUACUCCACCUUCACCAAGUACUUGACCGAUCUAAAGCUCGUCGACGCGAUCAACGGCCGCCAAACCGUCACUGUCCUCGUCGUCGACAACACCGCCGUGUCGGCCUUCUCCUCCCUCUCGGGAGACGACCUCAAGAAGGCCAUCUCCUACCAUAUCUUGCUCGACUACUACGACCCCUACAUCUUGGAUCGCAACUUCGAUAAGGCCGGCAUUAUCCCUUCCAUGGGCGGAGACUUGAAGUACAACGAGUUGGCCGGAGAGCAGAUGGUCUUCGGAGUGGACGUCGCCGGAGCUCCUCAGGAUUGCAGCCUCGUCAAGGUCGUGGGAGCCAGGCCGUACAACUUGUCGGUCCUUGAAGUGAGCAAAGCCAUUACGACGACAGGUGGCGGCGGCGGCGCCUCUUCGUCCAAUGCUCCACCGACGGGGACACCGCCCACUCCGGCGAGCACCGAUAACGCAAGUGCUCCGACAGAAACUCCCAAUGCAAAGUCGACCGCUACUUCUGCACCAGCGGCAGCUCCUAAGGCGAGCUCUGGCACAUCUCCUGCGACAGAAGCGACAAAUGGCGGUCACAGUAGCACCACCGUGGGGGGAACAGCAGAGGCGCCAGCAGCGGCAGAGGCUUCGAAGAGCAGUGGUGGCUCCAUAACUUCGGCGACGACAAAGACACCGGCAGCUGCCGAGGCACCAAGGACAGCAGAGGAAGCAAAGGGCAGUGGCUCCGUUUCUUCACAGGCUCCAAAAAGUAAUAACUCUGUUUCAACGGAGGCUCCACAGAGCAGUAGCUCCAAAUCUCCAGUGGCAUCAGAGGCACCAAAAAGCAGUAGCUCUGUUUCUUCAGAGGCUCCCAAGAGCAGCCCAAGCAGUUCAACUUCCCAAGCUCCAAUAACCCCAGAAGCUCCAGCGAAUGGUAGUUCCACGGAUUCAAUGAACAGCACCGCCUCUUCUACUCCGACGGAGGCUCCAAAGAGCAGCACCAGCUCUUCUGCUGCUUCGACGACAGCAGAGGCGCCAAAGAGCAGCACAAGCUCUUCCGCUCCGACGGCAGCAGAGGCUCCAAAGAGCAGCACAAGAUCUUCCGCUCCGACGGCAGCAGAGGCGCCAAAGAGCAGCACAAGCUCUUCCGCCCCAACGGCAGCAGAGGCUCCAAAGAGCAGCACCAGUUCUGCUCCUUCAGAGGCUCCCAAGAGCAGCCCUACCGCACCUUCUCAAGCUCCCAAGGCAAGUGCUGCUGCUCCUACCUCGACGAUCAAGGGAGAGGCUCCCUCCGGCUCUCCGAAAGCCGCUGCUCCCGGCGCCGAGGAUCCGAUGGGGAGUGACGCAGAUGGGCCGAGUGGGGAAGCGCCUGCGUUAAACAUCGCGUCGACCCCCUCGUCGUCGGCAGAUGCUCCAGGUACGGAAGCGGAUCAGGCUUCUGGUUCAUCGAGCAGAGGAGUGGGAACGUUCUCCAUGAUUGGGUUUACCAUGGCAGCUGCUCUGUUCCAGUUCCAUGGCUUGUUUUGA